AUGACGACGAAUGUUUUUGCCGUCCCCAUCUUUUUUAUCUGUUUUCGGGAGUGCGUCGAAACCAGUAUUAUCGUGUCGGUGCUGCUCUCCUUUCUCCAUCAAACACUGGGCGCCGACAGCGAUGCCGCAACCCGGAAAAAGCUGGUGAAGCAGGUCUGGUGGGGGGUGGCCAUCGGGCUUGUCAUUUGUCUUAUCAUCGGGGGAGGCAUGAUCGGUGCGUUCUAUGGGUAUGGCAAAGACCACUUUGCAAACACAGAAGACCUCUGGGAAGGCAUCUUCUCCCUGAUCGCCAGCAUCAUCAUCACCAUCAUGGGCGCGGCCUUACUGCGAGUCAACAAGCUCAGAGAAAAAUGGCGACUGAAGCUGGCCCAGGCCCUCGAGGAGAAGACCGUCCCGACCGGGAAGUGGUCCGACCGAUUCAAGCACUGGGCGCAAAAGUACUUCAUGUUCGUGCUGCCGUUUAUUACCGUGCUGAGAGAGGGUCUUGAAGCCGUCGUGUUCAUCGGCGGCGUCAGUCUCAGCUUUCCGGCUUCAGCCUUUCCUCUGCCGGUGAUUACUGGGAUUCUCGCAGGCAUUGCAGUGGGAUAUGUCAUCUACCGAGGUGGCAACCAGACCUCGCUCCAGAUCUUCCUCGUCAUCUCCACGUGUCUACUCUAUCUCGUCGCAGCUGGGCUCUGCUCCCGUGGCGUCUGGUAUUUGGAAAACAAUACCUGGAAUCAUCUGAUUGGGGGCGAUGCAGCAGAAACAGGGGCAGGGCCUGGAUCGUACGAUAUCCGGCAGAGCGUCUGGCAUGUAAACUGUUGCAGCCCCCUGGUCAACGGCGGUGGCGGAUGGGGCAUCUUCAACGCGAUUCUGGGCUGGACCAAUUCGGCUACGUAUGGCUCGGUCAUCUCGUACAAUCUAUAUUGGCUGGUGGUGAUAGUCUGGUUCGUGAUGAUGGGAUUCCGCGAGAAGCGUGGCUCCUGGCCCCUGGUUGAUCCCUUGUUCCGCCGGUCCAAGAGGGCGUCCCAGGGUCAGUCUGAAGAGACUAUCAGCUCAGGGGGAGUUGGAGUGCUGAUGAAUAGCAAGCCGUCCGCGGAUGGGGCGACGCGCCUUCAAACGACAGAGGACGGAGGUCUAUCUCCUCUGGACAAAUAG